AUGAGGACCCUGACGCACGUGGAGACGGGUGCCACGUUCAACUUGAUUACGCACUCCAACGGCAAAUCGACGCGGCGACCCACACCUGGUGACAUUAUCGUUUACCCCUACCACGCCAUGUUGCUUCCAUGGCCUCAUAUUGGCGUAAUUUCGUAUGUAGACAAUAAACAAGUGGGUAUUGCUGAACAAAAUCACACCUUUUCCUUGUUCAUCUCCCUGGACCCAGGCUACCUCGACGGAGAGCGCUGUGUGACUCUCUAUGUGGAUCUUGAGACGAUAGCCGACGGCAGCUGGAUGCUGAAGGAACGUGAAGAGGAUAUUUUGGACUGUCUUGGCUGGAUGUUCUACCCCACCGCUCCUCAUCGGGAAGCAAUUCAUCAAUCACUGAACAUUUUACCUGAGCAACGAAGUGUGCAGGCAACACCAGUGGACACAGAGGACCACCCUUAUGUGUGGAGCCUCACGCUGUAG